AUGAAGCCGAGAGAUUCGCAGAGCAACAAAGCGGCUAUACAGGUCGUAUGUCUUGGCUCGGGAGGAGGUCCCAGCGAAGACAACGUGACGGGGCUCUUGGUGCGCUCGACGGCCACCGAGUGGGCUCGUGGCUCGCUGCUGGCAGUCGACGCCGGCUCACAUCUCGCCGCCAUCACUCGCAUCCUCGAGAGGAACCUUCCCAACGAGGCUCCUGCGCCGGAUCUCCCUCCUCAGCGCAUGGAAACAGAUGGCAUCUCGUCUCCGACCUCGUCACCACCGACUCGAAAUCCCAUACAGCCUAAGACGCUACCCGAACCCAUCGUCCUCGACCAGGGCCCUUUUGCUGGCCUCCCUCUGCCUCAUGCCUCUGCCCGCGCCAAUGCCGCUCACAUCGUACGCACGCACGUCUCUACCUACUUGAUUACACACCCUCACCUUGAUCACCUGUCGGGCUUCGCAAUCAACACGGCCGCUUUCCAUGCCACCUCGCGACCUAAACGACUGGCUGCCCUACCCUUCACCGUCGAAGCCAUCAAGAAGCACAUAUUCAAUGACAUUAUAUGGCCCAACUUGACUGAUGAGGACGGAGGCGUAGGUUUCGUCAGCUUCCAGCGAUUAAGAGAAGGUGGCGAUAUCAUGGUUGGUACAGGAGAGGGUCGGGGCUACAUCGAAGUGUGUGACGGGCUGGGAGUCAAAGGCUUCAAAGUCAGCCAUGGAAACUGCAUGAAGGAGUCACAACCGACUCGCUCGCAGCGUGGCUCGCUGGGUAGCAUCUCGGAACCUGAUUAUUCUGCCUUUAAGGGGUCAGACUACCGCAACCUCUCGAUACCACAUGUCUUUGGAACCCCCGGCGAACAGACUCCAGGCCAUAGCUAUUACUCUCCAGGACCCCAAGGUAGAAGUUUCACCAGUGACCCGACACCACAGCACUCGGUGGUGGACAGCACUGCCUUCUUCAUCCGAGACUACGAUACGUCAAAGGAAGUACUGAUAUUCGGCGACGUCGAACCAGACAGCAUCUCACGCGUCCCACGAUUGGCCACCAUUUGGUCAGAGGCAGCUCCGAAGAUAGCAGAGGGAAUACUCUCGGGCAUUUUCAUCGAAUGCUCAUACGAUGAUAGUCAACCAGAUGCUGUAUUGUUCGGUCAUCUUGCGCCACGGCACGUUGUUGCUGAGAUGAGGACACUUGCGCAGAUGGUCAAGGACGAAAAAGCUUCCAGGGCUUUGGAUAGAGCCCAAAGGAAACGAAAACGCAGUUCAAACGGCCUAAACAUAACGAUGGAUGAUAUCACCGAUAAUAAGAAGCGGAACAAAAGCAUGGUUACCCGGUUGUCUAGCAUGCAGCCUCGACGAGGCAGUUUACCUCUAAUGGUUCCCGAAGAAGAAUCACAAGCGAACACCCCCGAUUACGCAGGUACAGAGAGGAACACGCCCGUGCCGGCGGACGCGCCUCUACAAGGCAUCAAGGUGGUGAUCAUCCACGUCAAAGAUACUAUGGAAGAUGGGCCACAUGUAGGCGAGCGCAUUCUGAUGCAGCUGAACGAACAUGCUGAAGCUCUUGAUGUCGAAGGAUUUGGCAAGCUUGGAUGCGAGUUUGUUAUCAGCAAGAGUGGAGAGGAGUACCACUUCUAG